UUGUCUAUUUUUGAAAGUAUUGGUCAGUCUUUUGGGUCAUCACAUCACUUGAUGAACCAAAUGAUGCCAAGAAUGGUCAGUUCGGCCGUACAGUCACUCAAGUUUUCCAUCGAUAAUAUUCUGUCGCCAGAAUUCGGCAAAAGUGACGGUGACUUUCAAAAAACUAUUAUCACUACAAAUGGGAUCGACAAACACGAGUCAAGUGUCAGAUCACAGUCAUCACCAUCUGUACCACAAAACUUGUCAAACAAUCGUAUCCAUCCAUUAGACGUCACAUCACUGAUCAAUAAGAGUGUUAAGAGAAAACACUCUUCAGAUUCUGAAUCAUCUAAUAUAAGCUCUUUGAGUACGACAUCCAAAGAUACUCUCAAUAAUUUAAACUCAUUUUAUAAUAAUAAUAAGUAUAAUAAUAAUAAUAAUACUAAAAAAGAGAGCUCUCCUCCAAAAAAUGUCGAUAAAAAGGACGAUAAGGAUGCCGUCAAUUGGCCGGCUUGGGUCUACUGCACCCGCUAUUCGGACAGACCCUCUUCCGGUCCCCGAUCGAGAAAAAUCAAGAAAAAGGAGAAAAAAGAUGAAAAGAGACCGAGAACUGCAUUCACAGCCGAACAGUUGGGAAGAUUAAAACAGGAGUUCCAGGAGAACAAAUAUUUAACAGAAAAACGACGACAAGACUUAGCAAACUCUUUAAAGCUAAAUGAGUCACAAAUUAAGAUAUGGUUUCAAAACAAAAGGGCAAAGAUUAAAAAAACCAGUGGAUCCAGACAUCCAUUGGCACUUCAUCUCAUGGCUCAGGGAUUGUAUAAUCACAGUACAGUUGCCACUGAAGGCGAAUCCGAUGAGGAGGACGACUAUAUGAGAAGUGACAGGAGCUCGACGUGUACCUCACCCUUACAACAGCAAGACUUAAAAGACAACAAAUCUUAG